AGCCAUUGGUGUGUGCGGGCCCUCGGCUCCUCCCCCCCCAGCCCGCCAUGGCGUCAGGCGCCGUGGCCCCGGGGAGGUGGUUCCCACUUUAAGAAGUGAAGUUUUCCGCCCGCUGCCCUCCCCGCCCCGGUCCCUCCCGCGGCCUCCCGCGUCCUGCGGGGCCGGCGCAUGGAGCUGCGCAGCGGCGGCGGCGUGGGGAGCCAGGCCGUGGGGCGGAGGAUGGAUGGGGACUGCCGAGAUGGCGGCUGCAAGGACGCGGGGUCGGAGGACUACGAGAACCUGCCGACCGGCGUCGCGGUGUCCACGCACAUGACAGCCGGAGCGAUGGCCGGGAUCCUGGAGCACUCGAUCAUGUACCCGGUGGACUCGGUGAAGACACGAAUGCAGAGUUUGAACCCGGAUCCCAAAGCCCAGUACACAAGCAUCUAUGGAGCGCUGAAGAAAAUCAUGAGGACGGAAGGCUUCUGGAGGCCCUUGCGGGGUCUGAACGUGAUGAUGAUGGGGGCGGGCCCGGCCCACGCCAUGUAUUUUGCCUGUUAUGAGAACAUGAAAAGGACUUUAAAUGACGUUUUCAACCACCAAGGAAACAGCCACCUAGCCAAUGGGAUAGCUGGGAGUAUGGCCACCUUGCUCCACGAUGCGGUAAUGAAUCCGGCAGAAGUGGUGAAGCAGCGCUUACAGAUGUUCAACUCGAAGCACCGGUCAGCCCUCAGCUGCAUCCGGACGGUGUGGAGGACCGAGGGGUUGGGGGCCUUCUACCGGAGUUACACCACGCAGCUGACCAUGAACAUUCCCUUCCAGUCCAUCCACUUCAUCACCUACGAGUUCCUGCAGGAGCAGGUCAACCCUCGCCGGGACUACAACCCACAGUCUCACAUCAUCUCGGGCGGGCUGGCCGGGGCCCUGGCCGCGGCCGCCACCACUCCGCUGGACGUCUGUAAGACCCUGCUCAACACUCAGGAGAACAUGGCGCUGUCCUUGGCCAAGGUCGGCGGCCGGCUCUCAGGCAUGGCCAAUGCCUUCCGGACCGUGUACCAGCUCAACGGCCUGGCUGGGUACUUCAAAGGCAUCCAGGCCCGGGUCAUCUACCAGAUGCCCUCUACCGCCAUCUCCUGGUCGGUCUAUGAGUUCUUCAAGUACAUCCUCACCAAGCGCGAGCUGGAGAGUCGAACUCCGUACUAAAAGCAGCAGGCUGUGGGGAGUUGAUGCCGCAUCUUUUGUUUGCCACAGGCUUCCUGUGGCUGCCGGGUACCCCGGUCCUCACACCCGGGCCCCGUCCUGCAGGGCACCUGCGCCAGACCCUCUGCUCCGGGUGCCUUAGAAAGAGGGGAGGACAGGAGGGCCGCUGCUCCCGAGGCUGUCCUUGGGGGACAUGCAAGUGGCAGUGGACAGGAAGGACGGGGGAAGGGCGCCGAGGAGUGAGGAGUGGCUUUGUGUCCUCCGAGAGGAAUGUGUCCGUCUCCUUCCUGGGUCCUUAGGUCACACCUCAGGGAAGAAGAAAUACAGUGGCUGAACGUAUUAAAGGAAGAGAGUCUAUGUAUAUAAAAGUUUCAUUACACAGUCUAAAAUAGGUGGAUAAUGUUUAUCCUUUAUUUUUUCUACAUAGAAGUUUUUUCAAUGUGUGUGUGUGCACUUGUGCGUGUCCAUUAAUAGUAUUGCAGCUGGGAUGAAAAUCGAGCUGUGUUUUUU